AUGCGGGAACACCUUUGGGUUUGGGCUGCUGGUCAUGCUCAACAAGCUGCUGUGACUAUUCUAUUAAGACAUGGUGCAAAUGCAAUUGAUCUGAACCCGGGAAGGUGCAGCCUUGCGAUUGUUGCAGGCAUGCAGACCACAAACCUUUGCCCUUUGACAAUAGCUAAGAACACGCGUUUGUUGCAGAGGUUUGAAGAAGCUGCAAAUGCAUUUUAUGAGGGAGUAACGAUUGAUCCUGAGAAGGUUGUUGCUUAUUUAACAUCUUUGAAAAUUGUGGCAUUGGCGCAUUGUGAAAAUGGCAAUGCAAGCAAUUGUGUGUUGUCAAGGCUAAGACGUCUACCUCUGACCGGGUUUUCACCUGGUUGGGGAAGGAGAACUGGCCUUUGGUCAGGAACUGCCCCAAUGACCUCUAAUUAUGAUAAUCGUCAAAGAGGGAUAACAACUAUACCAGAAACAUUGGGUAAGGUUGAUAUUUUCUCAAUAGCAGCAUCGUUCCUAACCAAUCGUAUUCCACGCUUUAAAAGUUGA